UUCAUCUUCUGCGUUGUACCAGUGGCUAGGAAGGAGAGACAGAGAGAGGAGCACUUUGGUGUUGUGUUGUGUUUACAUGUUAACACGUGUAGUCAACUAUUAGCAUAUCAUAUUUCGCUGUGUGUACAUAAUGUGUACAACCGGAUGUAAAACGUGCUGUGGGAAUCAAUUCCAGAAGUCUGACGGACUUUCCAAAAUGUGGAUUUAAAGUUUCUUUUUCUUCUCUUUUAAUUAAAAAAAAAAAAAACACUAUUUUUGGAAGCGGGUAAUUUUUCUGGAGAAUGUUUAAGAUUUCAGAUGAAACGAGAUAAUGGAGCUGGCUAGCUGUUAGAAAUAGAAUUGCAGAUUUUUUGUUUCAGAUCAGUUGGAUUGUCAGUUUACUGAGUCAAAUAAAAGCUUGUAUACAAAGUUGAACUAAUAGAAACAAUGAAACCAUUGUAAAGUGUCUGUUUGGCUAUGAGCUGUGCACUGAGAUCCCCUGAGAAUGGAGUGGUCAAACAAUGAGUACCCCACAGAGUACAUAGACAUUGUGAAUGAAAUCAAUGACUUUAUUGCCUCACUAGAUGCCCCUCCGCUGGACAAUCACACUAAUGAACUGGUGGGCAAUGCCCACAGAGGGAAUACGUUUGGACAGCACGUAGAGGGAGGCUAUCCUGAUAUAUCAUGGUCUCCACGUAGUCGUCAUGGUAGUGGGGAGAAAAGUGGUGCGGUAGUGCAAAAGGAGGAGGAUGCCAGCGAUAAGACCAUGCCUUUUCCACUCCUGGAGGAGAACCCUUAUGAUUACAUUGGUUCUGACAGGUCAAGAUCAACAGACUUUGGAGACAGUGACUAUAGUGAUAUUAGUAUGGUGAGCAAUGAAACUGCUGACAGUGACAGUGGCUGUUACAGCCACUACCAGUUUCCCAGAAGUGACACUUUGGCUGUCCAAAGGGACGUCAGUGGGCUUACCUCUUCCCCUGUAAAACUAGCUUCCUCCUGCCCAUCCAAUUUCUCAUCUAGUUUUUCUUCUUCCCCACAUUCACUUUCAGGUCAUGUGAGAGCAUCCCCAUUGAUAGCACAGUCUUCAUCAUCUCCACGCCAUGUGCAGCAUCAGUUUGGUUACUCCUCAGUAAGACCACAAUCACCAGAUCGUCUAAGUGCAGAAUACCACUGUGAGCCGUUCUUGGACAGCGUUGACCAAAAGUUUCACCAGGUAGGUUCAAGUGCUCAUUCCCUUGCAGCAUCCUUGAGCCAGGCUCCUCAGUGGAACCCAGCUGACCACCACGACUACCAGGAGCCAAGCAACAUCCCCAAAAUCCCAGAAUCACCUGUCCCCCAAAGACGAUCCCCAACAAAAGCCAACAAGCCAUCAGAUCACAACCCAAACCCUCUCUCUACCUCUCCUUCAAUCCAUUCUGAGUCAGCAGGCCUUAAAGUUUCAAAUGAGGCAGUAAGAGACAAUGUUUAUUCAGUCAUAAGUAAAAACACUCCAGCCAAAUUAAACAUAAACAACAGGUGGCCUCCGUCCAACCAAGCGAGUGACCCAUUACUCCAAAGUCAGACAGGGCCGAAAGCAAGCAAUCUAACCACACCACCAAAACAGCGAGAUAACAAGUUCAAAGAUCCAAGCUCAGAGAAAGUAGAAAAUUCCCCAAGACAGCAACCAGUAAAUAAAGUGCCAGACCUAUCAGUGCUUAUCUCUGAACUUCGCUCAGCUAGCCCUAGGUCAGACCUUUCUCCAAACUCAAAGUUUACAGCUUGUGCCCAUUCAGAACGAGGCCCUUUACCUUCUACACCUGGUCAGUGCCAAAAACCAUCUGCCAACACAGAUCAGCAAAUUCAAGCAGACAAGGUUGAUCCCAAGCCAGCCAUCUCCAAGAGAGCAGAUCCUGAAGGGCAUACUCUUGACAGACAGUCAAGAUCAGCCAAGCAGCUGUCAGGCCGUUCACAGCGGUCAGAAAGUCAGUCGCCAAUCAGUUUACAUCGAAAAGGAACUUCUGGGACAGCUCACAAACAUCUGGCCAAUGGUGGGAGGUGCAAGAGUGAGAGUCCUGAGCAUGAUUACGAACCAAUAGAAAAUUUAUUGGAACUGGAAGUGCCAGCGACACCACGGCCUCAGACCAAGUUCCCUCACUUUCAGGGGCAGAAAACUAUGGCUGAGUCUGGGGGACAGCAGCCUAAACAUGUAAAAGCUAUCCACAGCUUUAAAGGAUCUAACAACGAUGAGUUGUGUUUCAAGAAAGGGGACAUCAUAACAGUGACCCAGAGCUGGGAUGAAGGCUGGUGGGAAGGGACACUGAAUGGACGGACUGGAUGGUUUCCUAGCAACUAUGUGAAAGAGAUCAAAGGAGAAGUGAGCUACAAGAACAAGACCGGAGAUGUGCCAGUCUACAAGAGAGAAAGUAUGCAGCUCUACCACAAUGUGGUCUUAAAAAAUGUGAUUGAGACAGAGAAAACUCAUGUGACAGAAAUGAUUAAAGUUCUUCAGAUGUAUAUCAAACCAAUAGAGCCUACCAACAUACUCACACCUCCAGAAUACACUCUGUUAAUAGGGAACUUUGAAGAGAUUAUAGCAUUCCAACAGUCAUUCUUGGCAGCUUUAGAAGAAUGUGAAAAAUUACCUCCCUAUCAGAGAAGAAUCGGUGGUAUUUUUAUGCAGUUUGCUCAGAGUAUCAAAGAACUCUACCAAUCCUACUGUGCUAAUCAUCCCAAAGCUGUCUCAAUUGUACAGAAAAAAAGAGAAGAAUUAAGUAAAUUUAUAGAAUCCCAAGGUGCUACUGCACCAGGAGCACAGACACUAAUAACUAUAUUAUCUAAACCUUUUACACGAUUAGAGAAAUAUCCAAGUCUUUUAAAAGAACUAGAGAGGCAUGUUGAGGAGAGUCAUCCAGAUAGAGGGGACACACAGAGAGCUAUAGAAGUCUACAAAACUAUCAAUAACUCUUGUGUGGAAAUCAGAAGGUUAAAAGAGAUGGAACAUGAAAUUGUGACCAGUGUUAUACAGGGCUGGGAAGGAGAGGAGAUUGCCAAGCUAGGGGAGGUAGUCCAUUUAUCCCAAGUCAAGAUGGUCACUCAAACUGGUGAAAAGUUUGAGAGGAUAUUUGUUUUGUUUCCUUCUUGUCUGGUCAUGUUGUCCAUGACUCCUCGUCUCAGCAGCUAUCAAUAUGAGGGGAAAAUCCCACUGAGUGGUUUAACAAGCAAUCCAUGUGAAAGUGCAGAUGUGUCCCAAAAUGCCUUUGAGAUUUCAGGUCCUAUGAUAGAGAAGAUCACUGUUCUCUGCGGGACCAAAGGUGAGGUGACGGCAUGGCUGGACAUUCUGCAUCAAACACUGACUCAGUCUGUGAACCCUGCUCCUUCCUCUAAGCCCCAGUCGCUCCAGGUUCACAUGAUCUCCACUUCACAGCCUAGUGUCAGUACAGUUGUGUCUGCCAAGACAGCCCAGAUCUCAAACAAUCCACCGAAAGCUCCGCCACCCCAGUUUCCUUUGUCUACAAAACCAUCCAGUGUGUGGAGCUUGACCUGCCUGCGACCAUCUCCACCCACCCGACCCACCUUGAUGUGUCGUGAUGAAGUGCUCAAAUCCCCCAGGGCCGCCCGUAAGACUACCAACAAGAGGAAGCCAGUGAGAACAUAUUCAGGGGAGGAUACUGACUGGCACAGUAAAAAUGAUCCCAAAGUCUACAAUGAAGAUGCAUUCAUACUGCAGGUGAUAGAAGCUUACUGCAACAGUGUCAAGACUAGGCACACAGUCAACUCAUACAAAAUAGAAGGGGCCAAAAAGCAACUGAGUGAGGAAGGGAAAGCUAUUCUCAAUAGUCCUCAAAUUCUCCUCGCUGAAGAGGAAAAAAUCAUUGAUGAGACAGAACAACAGGAACGGACUGUGGUCGACACUGUAUAUGCACUACAAGACAGAGUCCGAGAGCUAGAACAGGAGCAGCGUAAAAUAAAACAAGAACUGGAGGAAGAGCGUCGAUGUCGCAAGAAACUGGAGACCCUGGUCCGGCAGCAGUUGAUUAAGACAAAUAUAGUGGAUGGCGUCCAAGACUGUGUGUCUUGAUUAGACCUUACCUCUCUUGUCCCCAGUUAUUGUGAACUUUGAAGCAAUCAACUAGUUCAACUGAUCUCAAGGUUCAUGUUUAAAUGCCUCACAUGACUUAUGUCUUAAAAUGAUUACCAGAAAGAACAAAAGAUUCGCCAGCCUCAUGUGAAUGUAUGCAGUGAUUUAUUGUGUACAUACAGCCAGUGAGACAGAGGAGCCCAUCUAGGAUAGUCGGUAGAGAUUGUAUAAAAAAAAAUUGUGUUGUUGUUUGCUUUGAAAGACUUGAUUUAAAAUGUGAACUUUUGUUUAGAUCUCAGAUUGUAAAUGAUGAAUCAUGUUUUUUUUUUUUAUUUUAGAAUGUGUUUUAGAAUGUUUUUGUUGAAUCCUAAUCGGGGCAAACAAAUUGUCAAUCAUUCUGAGCAAAAAAAAAAUUUUACAUUUUGUACAAUUCACUGUAAGAAUAGUCUCUAUCUCCUCCUAUGCUAUGUAUUUGAUAAACAUCAAGCAGUACUUGUGCCACCUAGAUAGCAUGACCAUGCCAAAAUUUACACUCCAGAGACAUCUCAAUCAACUCUUUGCCUUCAUUUUGUAUUGAUUUCAACUUAAAGUGAAGCUGGUCACAAAAGCAGAAGUGGAGCCAUUAAACCAAUUGAUCAGAACACUUGGGCUGAGUCGGCAGUAGUCAACUAGUUUCUUUACACUAGCGUGAUAUAGAUCAGAGACCAAAGUAAAGCUGAUCAAGGUCAACUCUAACUGGUUUAAAGACGAAUGUCACUGACAUAUCAAAAUAUUUAUUCUAGUCUCCUUGAAAUGAGCAACAAAUUCUAUGUUUAAUUGUUUUAUCGACUGCUACUGGCAAAUUUAUAAAUUGUAUGAAUGAGAAAAAAAUUAUUUUUGAAUUUCUAAUACCAUUAAAGUUAUUUUAUUUCUGUUCAUUUGUAUUACUCCUGUGUGCAAAAAAAAAGUAGGCCUUUUAAACCUUUCAAUUUAAAGGAAAGAUGAUGUAAUGGUCAUCUGUUUCUUGCGGAAGACUUUCUUUGUAAUUAGGAAGCAGCUGUAAAGGGUGAACAGAAGAAUUUAUGUUUUUUCAAGUUUUACUAUUAGGUCAGACUUUCUUCAAGUCAAAAGGUGGUCACAAGUCAAAAAUUGGAAUGAUUUAUUUUGAUCUAAGAUGUCAAAGAUUAACUAAGUUGAUAAAUCAUUUGGCUAAUAACAAGAAUGUUGUUAGUUCAAAUGACAUCAAAUAUUGAAAUGACCUUUACUAUUUGAACAUACAGUGGACUUUUUUUUUUUAAUUCUAUUUUUUUGUUGUUGAAAGAGUCAUUGGUAUAAGUUGAACUAGGUAGAGACCACUGGUGUAACAAAACUUAUACUAAGAAAUACUUGUAUCAGUCAUUGGUAUAAGUUGAACUAGGUAGAGACCACUGGUGUAACAAAACUUAUACUAUGAAAUACUUGUAUCAGUCAUUGGUAUAAGUUGAACUAGGUAGAGACCACUGGUGUAACAAAACUUGUACUAUGAAAUACUUGUAUCAGUCAUUGGUAUAAGUUGAACUAGGUAGAGACCACUGGUGUAACAAAACUUAUACUAUGAAAUACUUGUAUCUGUCAUUGGUAUAAGUUGAACUAGGUAGAGACCACUGGUGUAACAAAACUUAUACUAUGAAAUACUUGUAUCAGUCAUUGGUAUAAGUUGAACUAGGUAGAGACCACUGGUGUAACAAAACUUAUACUAUGAAAUACUUGUAUCAGUCAAUUGGUAUAAGUUGAACUAGGUAGAGACCACUGGUGUAACAAAACUUAUACUAUGAAAUACUUGUAUCAGUCAAUUGGUAUAAGUUGAACUAGGUAGAGACCACUGGUGUAACAAAACUUAUACUAUGAAAUACUUGUAUCUGUCAUUGGUAUAAGUUGAACUAGGUAGAGACCACUGGUGUAACAAAACUUAUACUAUGAAAUACUUGUAUCAGUCAAUUGGUAUAAGUUGAACUAGGUAGAGACCACUGGUGUAACAAAACUUAUACUAUGAAAUACUUGUAUCAGUCAAUUGUUUUUUUUUAUUUUUUUAAUUCUAAUUUUCACUUUAUUAGCUGGUUUACUGUCAUUAAGCUCGGCUUUUAAAGUCACUUUUGUUUCACUUAGAGUGGGAACUUUUAAGGUGUGAUGCUUGUUUUCUAGUUACAUAUGUAAUGAGCACACAAGCCUAGAAUGACUUUGGCCAAAACAAUUAUAACCUUGUGAUCAGUGGGGGGGGGGAGGGGGGGGGGUUGAAUUCAUUUUCUGCUGCUUUUAAGAUUGUAUACAGAUGGACAAGUGUUUAUGGAGCUGAUUGAAACUGCUGUUUUGAAUGAGAUCAAGGUCCAUGUGAUUAUGAUCAUUGGCUUCUUGUAUUUAUUUCUUUUUAUGUUUUAUAUCUAUACAUUUUAUCCUGUGUCCAUUAAAAACUGUUCAAUAAUAAAAUCAAUAUUUAACUAAGA